AUGGAAACGAGAAUUGACCCAUCCAAACUUUGCAAAAAGUUCAUCAGUUUAGGUUUUGAUGGGUGUAAGUUUACAGAGGUCAGAGGUUAUGUAGGAAGAAUUUCUAUGGGAUGGAUGACGAGCAAGAUCGGUGUUGAAAUUCUCAAGAAUCAUUUUCAAUUCAUCCAUGCAAAAAUCAAAAUUGGCGACGAGGUAUAUUGGUUGUUAACAACAGUCUAUGUAAGCCCUAUAGAAGAUGGUAAGAGGGAGUUAUUGAGAAAAUUGAAAAACAUAGUGGAAAAAGUGGAUAGCAGCUGGAUUGUUGGUGGAAACUUUAAAAAUAUUCUUGUUGGGACAAAAAAGAGGGGUGAAGUUAUUCCAUAUGCUAGGAAGUGUGUUUUGUUCUAA